AUGUCCUGUGAAAAAUGUGGACAAACUCAGUCACAGUCACAUGAAACAAAAUUUAAAGCAGGUUGCAUUCUUAUAAAAUUAAUGAGAGGUCAAAUGGCUCAAACGAAGGUUGAUGUCAUUGUUAAUACAGUAGCAAAAAAUUUAAAUCUAAAUCAAGGAGGUGUUUCAGCCUCCAUCCUUAAAUAUGGAGGUAUAAGCAUCCAGCAUGAAUUUUCUUCUAAAUACCCAAGUGGUAUCGACUUUGGGCAAAUUUCAGUCACCAGCGGCUGAAAUUUAAACUGCAAGCUUAUAUUUCAUGGAGCUCUUCCAAACUGGGACCAGGCCAAAGGGGGAUCAAAAGGGGUGCUUCAGAAAUUUAUGCAGACCUGUUUGACCGAAGUGCAAGCUAAGAAGCUGUUUAGUAUUGCCUUCCCUGCCUUGGGAACCGGUAACCUUAAUUACCCAAAAGAAAUAGUAGCAGAAGAAAUGUGCAACGCCAUUGUCAGAUUCGCAAGGAACAAUCCAACUACUUGUUUGAAAAAUGUGGAGUUUGUUAUUUACGAGAAAGAUAAACCUUCUAUUCACCACGAAGGAGCAAUUGCGAAUGAGACCAUUGGUUCCGAUAGUGAACAAGAGAUCUCCGUAAAUGUUGGAUUAACUAAACUUAGCAUGUAUCAAGGGGACAUCACACUAGCUUGUGUGGAUGCUAUUGUAAAUAGCACGGACAUUGAAAUGAAUCUCAAUCAAGAAAAAAACAUGAAGCAAUAUGGUAUCGCUGUAACUACCCACGGAGAUAACUCAAAUCUGCCAUCGAAAUUCAUUAUCCAUGUUAAUGCUACCGAACAAAAUUACAGAAGAAUGAUCAUGAGUGUGUUUGAAAAGGCGGAUAAAAUGGCCCUGAAAACUCUUGCCUUCCCAGCCCUAAGAACCGGGAAGCAAGGGAGAAAAAUUGAGGACUUUGCGCAAGACGUAUUCUACGCAUUGAAAAAAAUGUCAUCUGAAGUGAAGAAUCUUUCCGAAGUUCAUAUAAUAAUCUUCAAUCAGAAUCAAGUUUCACAGUUCAUUGAAGAGAUCGGAAAGUGUUUUGAAUCGCAAGGAUCAAAACCAAAGGGUUGGUUUACAGGAAAAUGGAAAGCAGUUAAAAAAUAUCUGACUGGUGUAAAGGGUGACAGUGCCAGGCGGUGGGAGCCAGUUUUGACCACAAAGCCUGAUGAUCUAUCAUCAGUUACCAUAAUAGUUUUCGCAGAUGAUGAGAAAAAUCAUGAUGCUGGACUAAAAAGACUUGAGAAAUUAGUUAAUGAUGACUUUAAAAGCAGAGAAAUUGAGGAUCCUGUGAUUUCUCACCUUUCUCAAGAGCAGUUUAAAGCUAUACAAAACUUAAAGAACGAGUUUGAUGUGGAAGUUUGUAUAAAUAAAGAAAAAAGAAUUGUAACUCUCCAUGGAACCAAUGAAGCCUUAUUAGAAGCUACUAAUAUUGUUAAGGAUUUGCUGCGAAAUGUUGAUCGGAAUAUAAUUGAGGCUGAGUAUAUAUCAGAUGUCGUGACGUGGUAUUACGUUGAAAAUGAUUUGGGCGAAAACAAACUCCAAGAAUACCCAAAGAACAUAAAUUCCCUUGUGGAAAAAGCUUAUCGCAAUAAGGAGCCAAGUGUCAGUUUCCGUGAUGAGAAGAAGACGCAAUACAUCAUCGAUUUUUCCAAAAUGGAGGAGUACCCGAUCGACGAUCCUAGAGAUGUCGUGACUGUGACUAGACGAGACAAAAUUAAAGAUUCUACUUUUGAGCCACCAUCUGAAUGGACAAAUAUGAAGGAGUCAGAAAAUCUUUUGGUUGUUCCAGUUCCCAACGGAUCACUGGAGUAUCUAAAUGUUAUCGACAGAUUUCAAAGGGAAUUGAGGUCAAAGGGAAUAAAAUCUGACAUCAUUAAAUUGGAGAGAAUACAGAACAAGAUGUUGUACCAGCAAUAUGUGGCCAAAAAGAAGUUGUUAGAUACUCAGAACCCCUCCAGUACACAGAACGAAAGAGAACUUUGGCAUGGUACUGCCCCAGGAGCAGUCAACAGCAUCAACGCCUUAGGAUUCAACAGGAGCUACUGUGGGGCUAAUGCUGCUCUUCAUGGCAAUGGCGUUUAUUUUGCCGUAAAUGCUGAUUACUCAGCUCAUGAUACCUAUUCUAAGCCUGAUCCCAAUGGACACAAAAGAGUUUAUUUAUGCAAGGUCCUGACAGGCGAGUUUACACUUGGAGAAGAAAAAAUGAGGGUACCGCCAGCCAAAGAUAAAAGACAGCCUCAUAUUUUAUAUGAUUCUGUGGUAUAUCCUCUACCAAAUCCCCUGAUGUACAUCAUUUUUAAUGACACUCAGGGAUAUCCAUCUUACCUGAUUACUUUUGUUAAAAGAAAUAAUUGAAAACAAUCUGAAGAGCAAAAUAAAACAA